AUGCCCACGACGAUGAAUUCACAAAUCAGUAAUCUGCACUACAACACUGCCGUGGAGAAAGGCAAGAAGAUGCUCAAAAUAAUGCAUAGCGGAUCUGCUGUCACGCAAAGCCCAUACUUCACGCCCGGGGAAGUAGGAGCAAUGGGAUACAAGAGAACAACAAGGCCUCGAUCUGUCUCUGGCCUGUCAAAAAAGCUGGACAGUCUCGAUAUUCAAGGUUCUAACUCUCACUUCAUCAAUGUUACAGACGAUUACACAAAAGACGUCAUCACUGGCGAAACAAUUGUAGCCGCAAGCGAAGUGAGGUUCAUGUCCGAAAUCAACUUCGAAGCUGGAAUUCUCGUAGCGAACUACAGCUACAGCCCGACAUACAAGGCCAAGGAGUUGAAAUCGCUGGCGGCCGCUCUGUUACCCUCGUUGAAGCACUGGUCCGAUAUAGCUUUCCACCAAUGGGUCCAUUCUCAACUCGACCAGGAAGAAGUACGUGAUCUCAAGUUCAUCAUGAGAGAAAACAUCUCGAACGAAGAUACUUUAGCUAUCAUUAGUAAUAUUCUCGACGCACCACCUCGCCAGUCACAGGCUUGUACGCGGUCGGGACUAUACCUAGACAUGACCAGUGACCAUGCUAUCGCUCUGCUGGGCACAGCCCACGGUGCAGGUGUAGCUUGGUUACUUGCUCAGCAUCGAGACCAACUUGGACGUAAGGUAAUUGCUGGGAUAAGGAUAUUCUACAGCGGCGAGCCGCCAGACCCCAACAGAGCCCCCAACUUGCUCUUCUACCUUCGUGACGCGAGUGCGAAUGAGAGACCCAUCGAGAAGUUGUGA